GCAUCACUCUGCCGGACAAGUCUCUUCUCAAGUGUUCGAAACAAACCUCGUUACCAGUCUCUGAUACCGCUAGACAGAGCCCAGUCACCAUGCGGUUUCUGCCCAACGCAUUGUUUGUCUGGCUGCUCCUAGCCAUAGGGACUUUGGCAGCUCCAUCUAACCCGGCGCUCGAGAAGCGUGCAACCCAAGUGUCCCUGAUCAGUUCUACCUAUACUGACUCCACGUUGGCAGGAUCCAUCAAGAUCCAAAACAUUGCCUAUACCAAGGUUGUUUCAGUUUACUGGGCCGCGGGUUCAACAUGGAUGAGCACGCCCAUCUCAGCGUCCUAUUCCACUGGACCAGAUAGCACCGGUUAUGAGACAUGGGUCUUCUCAGGAAAGGCAGCGUCGGCAACACAGUUCUACAUCUCCUAUACCGUCUCUGGCACAACGUAUUAUGAUCCGGGCAACAAUGUCAAUUACCAGAUAACCGCUUCGACUUCAAAGACUAGUACCUCCUCAACUAGCACACAGUCGUCCACUACCACCACUACCACCACUACAUCGACAUCCUCUUCUGUCCCUGCAGGCUCCGGCGGGUCAGUGUCCACUAGCCCCAUCCCGCCGUUCUACUCAGCAACAAUCCCAACCGAAGCUGCGGCCACAGCGGCCAGUGGAUGUGAGAACUUCAACGGAAAGGAUUCGUGCGCGUCCGGUACCACCUAUACGGUCCCAGACGCGGCUGAAAAUCGGCGAUGGCAAACGCCGCCCAAGGGGGAUACCGCCUACUUCGACACCUUCCAGUCGUAUCGCUCGUUGACGGGCUAUGCAGACAUCCAGUACAGCUCAUCGAAGACGUCGGCUGCCGUGGUGGUCAACUGCUUGUCGCGAACGGGCGAGACGCUCACGUAUAGUUUCAACGGGGCGAACCAGAGCAGCAGCGUUUAUCAGGCCACUCAGUCUACAAAGGGUGGGCUCAGCAUCGUCGUCUACGGUAGCAGCGGGUCGGUACUGACCCUGGAUCCGCUCUACUUCCUCUGGGAGAAUGCCGCCAUUGCCGGCGGGCAGAGCUCUUUCAGCGAUGGACAGAAGGGUGCCAUCGUUGAGCUUUUCGGCUGGCCGUAUGCAGACAUCGCGAAAGAAUGCUCCUUUCUCAGCAAGGCUGGGUACAUGGGCCUCAAGAUCUGGCCUCCGCAGGAGCAUGUCUGGGGAUCCAACUAUUACGAGCCUGACAACCAGUUCCGGCCGUGGUAUUUCGUGUAUCAGCCCGUCUCGUACCGGCUGCAAUCGCGUAUGGGAUCGCGUGCUGAACUCCGUGCCAUGAUCCAGACCUGUCGUGCCGUUGGAGUCCGCGUGUACUUUGACGCCGUGCUGAACCACAUGUCGGGCAACGGCAACGACGUCCAAAACCACCGCAACACCGACUGCUCCCUGUACACGGGACACAACGGCACGGCCGGGUCACCGUUCUACACUUGGGGUCAAACAUACCUCAUCAACCCCUUUUCGGGUACUCGGCCAACGCUCGAAUUCCCGGCCGUGCCGUAUGGUCCCACAGACUUCCACUGUGAGCGGUCGCUCAGCUCGUGGACAGAUGGGCAAGUCAUCACCAAGGGCUGGCUGGUGGGACUGACGGAUUUGAACUCGGAGAAGCCAUAUGUCCAAGAUAGAAUUGCGACGUACCUGGUCGAUGUCCUGUCUCUUGGUGCGUCUGGCUUCCGCGUCGACGCUGCCAAGCACAUCGGCCCAGCCAUGAUGGCGCAGAUCUACAAGCGCGUCAAGCAGAAGCUAGGAGGAGGCGACUUCCCCGCCGACUUCAUCUCAUGGAACGAGGUCAUCCUCGGUGGUGAGAAGGACCUGCUUGCCUGUGGUGGCGGCGAGUGGAGUUGGUACACCAACUUCAACAACGUCCUAUCGGCGGCCGGGCUCUCUUCUACAGACAUUGCCAAGAUUAAGAUAUGGAGCUCUGAUUAUCCUAAAGAGUUCCCUGCCUGCGGCUCCUGGGUCAUCCCCGCAUCGCGGUUUGCUAUCCAGAACGACGACCACGACCAGCAAUCGCCUGGCUCUUCCAGCCGAGAUAUGGGCGACACAGGAAGCGUCUUGGUCAAGGACAAGGACAUUUCCAAGCAUCGGUCCUUCGAGGUCCAGCUCUUUAGCCGCACCGAUGGCGAUUGGAGGAUUAAACUGGUGCUGAGCAGCUAUAUGUUUGCAUCCAACGGCGCCUCUGGCUUCCCUGAUGGCAAGAGUGACUGCGCGCUGUAUACGGGGAGCCAAUCCGCGAGUGGAUGUCUCGGCAUGGCCUAUGAUCAAGCCUACGUGGCCUCAGCUUGUGGCUAUGGGGGAGGCACCCUGACGGCGGGGAAAUACACGCGUGUUCACCGGGACGUGUCCAUCAUUAAUGCCAUGCGCGCCUGGGUCGGCCUUGGCUCCACGACGGCGGCGGCCCUGGGUAUUUCAGGUUGCUAAAGCUUGACGUACAUCAGCUGGAAGGGCGCCAAUGCUCCGAGAGCAGAUGGUUUCUGUGUUUGAGGAGGCGAGCACUAGGUGCGAGCGGCAUUAUUUGGUUUCUGAGUAUUGUUAGCAAUAGCAGCAGUGUCUGAUCCAGCGCUGAUUUAAUUCAAGGAAGUCAAGUUCGGGGCUCUAGCUUGAUUACUUGAAAUAAAAUUGUCUAU